UUUUUUUUUUUAUUAAGCAUGGCUAUAAGAGGGUGUGUGUGAGUGUGUAUAUGAGCUCUGACAACAGUAGUGAUACUGUACAGUUUAACAGCAGCAGAAGCAGCAGCAGAGGGAGAAUGGUCAGACAUAUGUUCUAUAAUCUCCUACUACUCUGGUCACUCAGCCAUGACAUUUAUAUAACUGGACUGACAUAUGAUGAUCCAAAGGAGCAGUCCUGGAACAACCAGAACCUCUAUUCUGUGCCUCUGGAUUUGGAUGUAAGACUUCGAAGACUAGACCUGUCCAAUAACUUCAUCAGACAGUUGCACACACUUGUUUUACCAUACUUGGAACAGCUGGACCUGAGCUCUAACCAGCUGGAACUCAUCUCCGAUAGGGCUUUUGAAAACCUGGACCAACUUGAAGAGUUGAAUUUGUCCAGAAAUGCUCUGAACAACAACCUUGGCAGUAACAGCAAAGCUCUACAAUCCAUCAGUAGACUGAAGAGUUUGGAUAUAUCAAUGAAUGGUCUGAGUGAUGAUGCAGUGGAGCUGUACCUUCGAAACAAAUUUUCUCUCAAUGAACUGAAGAUGACUGGUAAUGCUUUAACAAGACUUUCACACAGCUUGUUCAAGGAGAGUAAAGGUUUGAGGGCCAUUACCAUUGAUGACAAUCUUGUGUCAGUGAUAGAACAGGGGACAUUUGAACCAUUGAGCCAAUUAGAGAGGCUAAACUUGGCCAAAAAUAACCUUGCACGUAUCUGUGAUUUUAAAUUACACCAAGUUAAAUAUCUAAAUCUUAGUCAGAAUUCAGUGGAGUUUUUUAUCACGCAUGAGGAUGACCAGUUGUAUCAGCUUGAAAUUCUUGAUUUGAGUUUCAACAAACUCCUUUAUUUCCCAAUUGUUCCAAAGAUGAACCAUUUGAGGUAUCUUCAUUUACAGAAUAACAUGGUUGGUACCUUAAAUUCAGAGGCUACAAUGGUAUCAGAGGCCAAUUCUCUUUAUAAUGCACUUAUAAAUGAGAACAUAGUCAGAAAAAAUAACCUACACUCAAACUGGAGGCAUUUGCCGCUGAUUUAUAUUGACCUGAGCUAUAACCACUUCAGGUCUUUCCCGCUGGAGACUUUAAGCCUUCUUUCAUCUUUAGAAACCUUGAAUUUCAGUUACAACUGUCUGCAGAACAUUAUCUGGAAUAUUAGAAAUUACAGUGAUUCAGGAUACCGUCGGCAGCUUUUCUUUCCCUCCUUAAAGCACCUCGACCUGCAAAGCAAUGGACUCGUAUAUAUUUCCCCGCUCUUUCUCAAUGCACUCACACAAAUAGAUACACUAAAUCUACAAGACAACUCUGUACAGCCUUGUGCUCUUGUGGACCAUUUGAGAGGCUCUCAGUCAACACAGCAAAUAAACCUCAACACAUCCUGUGUUGCCUUUGGGCAGUUAAGGACUCUGAAACACCUCAGCCUUAAAGAAAACAAUAUAAAAAUGCUUCAUCCAAACACAUUUCAGGAAACCUCUUUGGUUUCCCUCAAUCUCGCAGGAAAUUCACACAUGGCAAUGCAUGUGAGUGCACUAGAAGGUGUGCAGAAAACUCUUCAGUCCUUGAUUAUCAGUGAAAUCAACAUGACCGGCUCUGAUCUGUCUUUACCCUGUAUGCCAGCAUUAACUCAGCUGAACAUGUCAAACAACCAUCUUGAUAUUAUACCCAGCAGUUUAAGCUGCUCUCCUCUGAGAGAAAUCGACAUAAGAAAUAAUUUUUUUGUGACUUUAAACCAUUCUUUGAUUCAUUCUUUAUCUGCACAUCUUAAUCUCAUGUAUAUUAGUGGAAACUAUUUCAACUGCUGUGACAGUAAAUGGCUGACAGUCCUAAAUGAGUUGAAAAUAAAACUGCCUGAUAUCAGUGACGCUGAAUGCUUUACAGGUGAUAGUAACAUCAUGAUGACAGAGUAUCUGAAAAGCUCUUCAAUGUAUUGUUUAUUUCACAGAAAAGCACAGGAAGUUCGUUUUGGACAAAUGUUCAUUGUUGUGUUAUUUCUAUUUGUGACAUUAACAGUGUUCAUCAUAUUUACCAGGAAACUAUGUCACACAAAAAGAUCAUUUGCAGUGUGAUAUCUGAAAUCUGUUAUCAAUGCUGUAUUUUGCACAUUGCUCAACAUAUUGUUUACAUCAAGUCAGCGAACCGAAUACAGUCAGUGAGAAACUGCAGUGUAAACAGACAGUAACUGGAGCGUAAUUCCUGUGAGUAUUACUUUGCAUUAAGCAUUUACAGAAGUGCGGCUUAAUGGCUGCUUAGGCUGUAAAAACUAACAGACUUUCAGUUGAGUAAAUGCAGUUACGAAUUCAAAAUCAGACACAUGCAUCUACUCUCACUCUAUUUAAGCUUUCUCCUUUGACUCCACUUCCCAUUACUAGUCUGUCAAACAUGUAUCGUGCCGUGUGACCUGCGGAGCUAAGAUGUUGUGAUGGAAAUUGGCUUUAUCGACCCCUAGGCCAUAUUUGGUUACAGUGCGUGCCAAAUUACUAAUCAUGCGGAGAACUUCUUGCCUGUCCUUCAUUGUGAAAUGUUUGUUUACAACUAAAAGUUUAACCUUGGCACAAAGUUUUUAUGAUGUCCAUGAAGCCUUGCACAACAUUCUCAGAAUCAAGACUAACCUCAAAAAUUCAAUACAACGCCAAUAAGAAACCUUGUAAAAGUUUCCGUAUAAACAUAUGUAUAUAUUUUCAAAUAAAUAAAGCUUAUUUGACAGCCUGUGUAUACAAGAUCCAUUUCAAAUAUAUAUAACACUAUCUGCAACUGUCUGUGUUUUGUGAUUUAUAAUUUAUGUGGCUCUGACCCUGGGAGUAAAUGUGGCAAAUAUGCUGUUCAUAACAAACAUGCUGAACCUAAUAAACAGAAAGUGUUGCCGAUC